AUGGUUGUUGGAAUCGCCAUCCUUGGGGCUGGCAUCUUUGCAACGGAGGAGCAUCUCCCAGCAAUUCGAUCUGUGCCUGCCCUAUCGCUCAAGGCCAUCUACUCACGGUCGCAGAAAUCAGCAGAAACCCUUGCGAAGACUGCAGGACCGGGUGUUGAAGCAUACUAUGAAAUUCCCGCAACUUCAGAUCGAACCCUCGAUGCAUUACUGAAGCGGCCUGAUGUUGAAGCUAUCAGCGUCGCUGUCCCUAUCUCAAAAUCGCCGGACCUCAUUCGCCGGGCCUUCGAGGCAGGCAAGAGCGUACUUAGCGAAAAGCCAAUUGCUCCAACUGUUGCUCAGGCCCAAGACCUCAUGAAGCUGUACCAGAAGCAGUGUCAGUCGAAACAGAUUGUUUGGGCCGUGGGCGAGAACUUUCGGUUCUGGAACUCAGUCAAUCGAGCAGCUGGAAUCAUCCGCCAGCUAGACGCCAAGAUCCUCACCUUUCGGUGCGAGAUCUAUCAUUUCAUCGGCGUCGAGGACAAAUAUUUCCAUUCAGACUGGCGCCAGACAGCCAGUCACCCAGCCGGUUUUGUGCUCGACGCGUGUAUCCACUUUGUAGCCAUUCUUCGCUUCCUGCUGGCUGCAGGCGGCCAUACUCUCGCCACCGCAGCGGCGUCUGCAAAGCUCCUUGACCCUGCACUUCCGCCUGUGGACACUGUCUUCGCGCUACUCGAAACCGACAAGGCUGUUACCGGAACCUUUCGAUUUUCAGUCGGCAUCCCCUUCUUGGACGGAAUUGACUACGACAUCGUCACAGACAAGGGCGUCGUUCAUGUUCAGGGUCCUACCGUCGUCACAACACGGCUCAGGAAUGCUGCUGGUAUCAUAGUAGAAAGCAAGUUUGAGGACGAGAUGACUUUCGGCGUGCUGGACGAGUUCGCUUCUUUCGGGGCAGCGUUAAAUGGUUCAGAAAUGGACACGAGGAUAUCGUUUCAGGAGGCUCUGUUGGAUCUACAACUGUUAGAGGCAAUGCUGAAGUCAAACGGGGAGAGUGUAUCCAUUGCCUGUUGA